UUAUUUUUUCAUGACUAUUUAACAUAGUAAUUAUGGCAAACGUGGAUUUGUCUACAUACCGCAUUAGAAUCGGUCUAUUUCGAGGCGGUUGUAGAACUAAAGAGAAGGGGACACCGAUUUCCACUUUACAACUCUCGGAUUAUUCAACGGGACUGUCAUUAGCAAUUCGAACAGUUGUGUUUGCAUUGCUUGCUGUUCACGGAAUUGAGAAGAACCCGGGGCCGAGAUCAUCGGAUCAAAAUAGUGUAAAUGAAGGAUCUAGUGUUGACCCAGAAAUGUCUGCAAUCACCGAACUUGACAAUGCUUUCUACGAGACAAUAGACAAGUUUUCACUGCAACAAUUCAAAAUAUUUGCUCAAUCAAAAAAUGGUCUCGUCCUCAGUUAUCGAGAAGUUAGUGAUAUCACGGAGCACAGCUUGGAACCAGUGGAUGAACAAAAAUAUGCUGUUCUAUCCCUAUGGAAAGAGAAAAAUGGAAUAAACGGAACCGCGGGAAGAAUAGGAGAAGUUGUUAACAAUUUCAUUAGGCUCGAGGCAAGAAAAGAUGUCAUUGAAAAUUUUGAACCAGGUGCAAGAUUUGAAGAUGUUUUUCUCGAUUUACCGAGAAAUUUUUUUGAACAUAGCUGAGUUCAAACGUUUCGCAUUAUCGAAAAAUGGAUUGGUAUUAAGCUUGACCGAUGUUACCUCGAUUGAAGACGAUACAAAAUACUCAUCACUUGAUCAAAUGCUUAGCAUGCUUUGGUUGUGGAAAGAAAACGCUGGUAAUUCCGCAUCGACGACGCUUAUUAUGGAAAUACUCAAUAACUAUAAAGAAAAUCAACAUCCACAUUCGGAUGUUCAAGACGAAAGAAUUGAAGACGCCUUUCUCGAAAUUAUCGAAACGAUUCACAACCUAUCCGAGUUCAGAGAAUUCGCACGAUCUAGCAAUGGAUUAUCAUUGAAUAGCGUCGAUGUUACUAUGAUUGAGCAAGAUUCCAAAUCGAUUUUCGAUAAAAAGCUUAGUAUGCUUCGACUGUGGAAGCAAAAUGCUGAUAAUCUUGCAACGGCAGCAACGAUCAGAGAUCUAGUUGAAAAAUUUGGAAACGUUACGCAUCCGACAUCAUACCAAGCAGGUGAACGAAUCGUACCUCGGCUACCUUUGCAGGCAGAACAAGGAAGCUCAAUUCCGGAAAACACAUCUGCGACAGUAGCAGCAGGUGAACGAUUCGUACCUCGGCUACCUUUGCUGACAGAACAAGAAAGCUCGAAUCUAGAAAACACAUCUGCGGCUUCAGCAGUAACAGAAUUUGUCGAAAUUGUCAACGAUAACACUCGAAAAGAAAUUGAGUAUGACGUUCGAUCCGUGUUCAAAGAUCUGAAAGUAUUAGAAGAAGAAUUUCAUCCAAAGCUCACCGUGGCCAAUUUCAAAAAUCAACCUGGCAACGAAACUCUCGGUCAAUCAAACGCAAUUGGAACUGAAAACCUUCAAAUAAAUCUCGAUCAAUUACACGAUGACUUUAGAGGAACCACAACCAACCAUGUAAUGCUGCUUGGGAGACGCCGGAUCUGGAAAAACAAUUUCAGCCAAGAAAUACGCAGAACUGGUUUAUAAAAAGGGAUGUAAAGUUUUAAAAAAUAACUUAAUGAUCUUUUAUAUCUCUAUUUCCGAUCUUCAACACGAAACAAAAUCGACCGCAUAUGAUAUCUUAAUUACGCCACUAAUCGACCUACCACCUGAACUGAAGAAAGCGGGUGAACGAUGGGUGCAAAAAAAUGCGGACAAAAUAUUGUUAAUUCUAGACGGUCUUGAUCGAGCAGGCCAACCAUUUGGAGGAACAUAUCCAAAAAUUCAUAAUCUAAGUAAGGAUUGGGAAACAAACACAAUUUUGGCGAACAUUAUAUCCGGUUCCUUGUAUCCAGGCAUGAAAAUCUUAUCCACUUCCCGUUGGAGCACAUUCUGGAAGU